UCCGUCCAGUCCAUGGUCCCGUCCCCUUCUCGCAAAACUAAACUCAGAUCAGUUGUUAUAUUAUUAUUACUAUACUAGAACUGCAACUGUGGAAAUGAUUAAACUAUAAGAAAAUUGAUGCUGCCUCUAGCCGGGGGUGUCACUUUUAAAUAUGACCCGACCUGUAUGACGCGGAACCUUCAGGUGUAGUCAAAAUGUGGUCUUCGGACAGAAAUAGUGUUACAACAAACGUUGAAAAGUGCCGUAAGGAUGCUGCUUAUUGUUUUCCCGCUCCAAUGGUUUCAUGGUUUAUAGGUGAAAAUGUUCAAUAUGUUUUAAUAUUCACAAUAUUUCGGGUGAGUUUUAGACUACCGUUACAGUUAUCAUGGGAGUGCAUGGACUAUGGAGGCUGCUGGAGAGUACAGGGAAACCCAUCAACCCUGAGACUCUGGAGGGAAAGAUCCUUGCUGUUGACAUCAGUAUAUGGCUGAACCAAGCAGUGAAGGGGGUGAGGGACCGUGAUGGCAACAGUGUCCAGAACGCACACCUGCUCACUCUCUUCCACCGCAUCUGUAAGCUGCUCUUCUUCCGCAUCAAGCCGGUCUUUGUGUUUGAUGGGGACGCACCUCUGCUGAAGAAACAGACUCUGGCUCUCAGGAGGCAGAGGAAAGAGGAGUUGAGCCGGGAGUCCAAACAGACCAAUGAGAAGCUCCUCAAGACAUUCCUGAAGAGACAGGCAAUCAAAGCUGCCCUUGGGGACCGCAGUAAGGAUCCUCUACCCAGCCUCUCCAGCGUGAGGAGAGACGAGGUGGACGACAUGUAUGUUCUACCAGCCUUGCCAGCUGCAGAGGAAAAGGACAAAAGCAGGUCUGAGGCCUGGGAAAGUUCAGAAGAGGAGGAAGAAGAAGAGAGGGAAGAGACUGCUGACAGUUAUCACAUGUAUCAGGGAGAAUUGUAUGAAGACCCCAACUCAGUGGACAUCAACUCAGAGGAGUUUGCCAGCCUGCCUCCUGAAAUGAAACACGAGAUUCUUAAAGACAUGAAAGAGUUUUCCAAAAGACGCCGGACCAUGUACCACAAACCCCCAGAGCAUUCAGGAGACUUUUCCCAGUACCAGUUGGCCGGCCUGCUGCAGAGGAACCAGCUGAACCAGCGCCUGGAGGGUGUGGAGAAAGAGAUGAGCCAGCGGAGUGCCAGCAGCGCCCCACAGCUCUACGAAGAGGACGGGGACCAGCAGAGUCACAGCGUAGAGUCACGUCGACUGGUCUCAGAAGACCGUUCCCACUAUAUCCUAAUUAAAGGCUCCAAAAAGAGCGAGACUGCCUCCGAGAGCCAACCUGCCACUGCACCCUGGUCUGGGAGCUCCCUGUCAGGCUGGAAAAGACGUGCAGCGGGCAGGCCUGAGCCCCUGUGGCGUCCUGUUUGUGAGGAAGAGGAGAAGGAGCAGAGUCCCCCUUCAGAAGCCUCCAAGCCCUCUGUCUCAAAGCAGUCUCGUGGAGGUGCAUCACCUCCCUCUCCUCGUACACUCAAGGCAAUCCAGGCGGCAAUGAACGACAGCUCGGAUGAGGAGAAGGUGGAUGAGGAUAAGAAGGAUGGUGGUGUGUCCCCACGCACCCUGCUGGCAAUCCAACAAGCCUUCAUUGAGGAGGAAGACGGUGCUGCUGAACACAAGACUCUAAUCAGCAGCUCACCCACAAAACUGCAGGUGAAUAUUCAUCAUCCUGUGCCACAAAUGGUCCUCAGCAGUUCAGAGGAAGAGGCAGAACCUGGCGACGUGAAGUCUUUAAUUAUUGAAAAAUCUGAUUUUAAGGUGAACCCAACUGGCCAAAGUUUACAUGUGAAAGAUAGUUUGUUCGUUAGCUCUGAAGAUGAGAUGGAGGAUGUGAUAGGUCAGAGAAAUAAAGCACUUCGCUUUGCGGUGCUGCAACAGUCAGAAGCAGAGACAAAGAAUGGACAGUUGACAGAGAAUAUAAGGACGGGAAGCAGAGGACAGACAGAGAAAGAAGAAGAAGAGCUGGAGAGAAGAGAAUCAGAGCACGGACUGAUCACAAAGAACAGAGAUCCGGUCCAACCACAGGGUGCCUCUGCUUCUACCCGGAACCCAUUAUCUAUCAAGGUACCUGCUCGGAUUUGUGGAAAACCUCUCAGUGCACAGACUGAAAUGGACGCUGUGAAGUCGAAGGGCAGUGAGGAGUCCGAGUCAGAAGAGAGCUUCAUCGAGGUGUCAGAAGACGAGUUUAAAGAGGAGGAUGCAGAUGAUUCACUUGUUAUGAUAAGAGAGAAAGGAUCUUCAGAUGAGGUCUGUAAAGAUGGGACCAGGAAGGAAGAAAAACCAGAGGAAAGUUUGACAGAGGCUCCCAGUGAGCCAGCUGCUGUGUUGGAAUUAGAGGAAGAAGAGGACAAAAAGAGACAGACUGAAGAGAGAGCACUAAAGGAGGGAACAGAGACCGAAUCCAGUUCACCUCCAGCAAUCAAUGAAUGGGAACACUUUGAUGUGGAUGAGCUGGAGGCUUUGGAGAGCUCUCUACAGAUGGAGCAGAGCAGCCUGAGGGAGCUGAAACAGCAGCAAGAGAGGAUGGCGAACACAGUCACCGGACAGAUGUACCUGGAGAGCCAGGAGCUGCUGCGACUGUUUGGCGUGCCGUUCCUGGUGGCGCCGAUGGAGGCUGAGGCUCAGUGUGCAGCACUCGACCGCGCCGACCACACACACGGCACCAUCACAGACGACUCAGAUGUGUGGCUGUUUGGAGGGCGACACGUCUACAAGAACUUCUUCAGCCAAAACAAAUAUGUUGAACACUACCAGUACAGUGACAUGCAGAACCAACUGGGUUUGGACAGGACUAAACUGAUAAACUUGGCUUACCUGCUUGGAAGUGACUAUACAGAAGGUGUGCCGGGCGUCGGAUAUGUGACUGGCAUGGAGAUUCUGAAUGAGUUCCCAGGGCCGGGCAUGGAGCCACUGAUACAGUUCAGUAAAUGGUGGUCAGAGGCUCAGGAGAAAAAGCGUCUGGUGGCUGAUCCUCGGGACACGAAGGUUAAGAAGAAAUUGAAGGACCUAAAGCUGCACCCUGGGUUCCCCAACCCUGUGGUGGCUCAGGCUUACCUGCAACCUGCUGUGGACCAGUCAGACAGCUUCUUCAGCUGGGGACGCCCACAACUCGACAUGAUUAAAGAAUUCUGUCUGAGUCGUUUUGGCUGGAGCAGUCAAAAGACAGAGGAGACCCUUCAGCCUGUGAUCAAGCAGCUGAACACCCAGCAGACUCAGCUGCGGAUCGACUCAUUCUUCCGCAUGGAGCAACAGGAAAAGCAGGCGAUCCGUAGCCAGCGACUCCGCCGAGCAGUCACCUGCAUGAAGAGAAAGGAAAGAGAAGAAGGAGAGGAGGACAGUGAGGAGGAAAUGCCAUCCCCAUCCAAAUCUAAGAAAGGGAAGGCAGCCAGCAAGAGUCCGGAGAAAGGAGAGAGAGAAGAGCAGAGGUCUGCGGCAGGAGGAGGGUUUCUAGGGUCGAAGGUAACUGUUGAACCUCCUCUUACAUCUCUGAAAGAUGUGAGCAGCACCAGCCAGGAGUCCCUCUCAGUAAAAGCCGUCCCUCACUCUGCUAAGACUCUGCCUCACAGGGCGAGGAGAAGCAGCAGCAGCAGCUCAUGUGAGGACAGCGAUGUUGGUGUUGAAGUUGCUAUGGUUACAGCGCGAUCUGUGUUCGAUGGCAGCCGCCGAGGCACAAGAGGGAGAGGAAGCAUGAGAGGAAAGGGAAGGGGGAAGAAGUCUGGAGGGAAAAAGUUAACUUGAAACUUAACAUGAAUUGUCAAAGCAGUUGUAAUAUGAAGCAUGAAACAUGUCACACACUCCCAAAUAGCAUCUCCUGCUUAACAAGGUCAAUAUGUGAAUGAAUCAUGAACUCAGCAGUGAUGAACUGAGCUUUUUCUGUAUUGUAAAAUAUAUGUUUGUACUAUU